AUGGUUGAUUCAAAUACUAUUAGUUCCAAGAAUUAUUAUCAUUCAGAACUGCAAAAUAGGUUAUACUUUUCAAGUGGUUCAAAUCAGGAUAUGAAAAUCCCUUAUCCAUGUGCUUGUUGCAAGCGAAAUUCCCCUUCUGUAUUUUCACCACGAUGUAUGAAUGUUUGUGCAGACUGUGAUACUCCAGCCAUAAACUAUAAUCUCGACUUAUCGACAACCAAUUUUUCAGAUAAUAACCUCAACCCAUUUUCUCAGUUUACUUCUUUAUCAAAAUCCAAAGAUCCUUUCUCCAGUGUUUUGAACAAUGAACAACACAAUUAUAUAAAUAAUAAUUCUCUUCGACCUAAAAUCUCGUCUCCCAUUAACUCUUCUCUAACCAUUCUGAAAUGUGAUGAGUUCUCUACGUCUAAACUUAAUUUGGGAAAUUCUGUUGAGUUGCCUACAAAUCAACUGGCUAUAUCAAACGAAGGUGAUAGCAUAUGUGAUGAUAUGGAGAUAAUUAAUAACAAGGGCACUGAAGAAAAUAAUAAUAUUACGAGUUAUCAUCAAGUCAUUCACACUGAUAAUCCAUACCACAUGAAUCAGUCUAAUCCGAAUCUUCUUAAACUUUUGUCGAACUGCAAUCAGUUAGUCAGAAACUCAUCAGUUGAAAUAUUACCAUCUUUGUAUUCACCGCUACCUUCAUUAUCAACUGUUAAUACGCUACAUCCAUUUAACAAUCAUGUUACAAGAUUAGACUCUUUAAUGCUAGAUAAUACUUCAAAAUGUCUUAGUGAGAAUUGUAUAACUGAAAAUAUGGAAAAAUAUAAUCAAACUAAGAAUGAAGAUAAUAUUGUUAACGAAAGGUCCGAUGAUUAUAUGGAUAGCAAAUCAACUUAUCCGAAUAAAAAUUCCUUGUGGAUGUUCAAUAAUUGCACCAACCCAAAUAACACAGCAGGAUUUGAAGAACCAUUUGAUGUCAGUCACACAAUGCAAGAGGUUAUCAAAUCUUCUAUUUGUAAUUAUCCUUCAAAUAUAUACAAUUCUUCAUUGUCACUACCAAUAGCCUUUCCAUCCUCCCCUUCUGCUUCACUGACUCAUAAUUAUGAAUCAUUACAGGUGGAAAAACCUGCCAUAAACUUUGUAAAUCAUGCUCAGGUUACCACUAAUCCUUGCAUGAUACAACAUGACAUGCAGCAUUCAACUUCAACUAACUAUUCAUCAUCGUGUUCUUCUUCAUCAUCAUCAUCAUCAUCAUCAUCGUCUGAGCAUCAGCAACAACAGCAGUCACAUCACUGUUUUCCUCAGACUGAUAUUGCUUCAUACUUACCAUCACAAAUUAAUUCGAUAGAAUGUAGUGAUAAACAUCAAUAUAGUUUAACUGAUAUGCCCUGUCCACGUCGUCAGGAACAACAGUAUCGACAAAAAAAGUUGUUUAUUCACUUUCCAACACCAACAGAAACCGUCAAAUUGAUGCCUAAACAUUUGAUGAUGACUAAUGCACAACAGCACCACCAACAUCAAAGUCAACAGCAACUCACAGACGACCUUCUUGAAAGUGAAUCUCACUCAGUAAUCAAUAAGCUUGGCAUGGAAUAUACCUCUCAAGCAACCAUAGACAAACAAUCUGUCCUUCAUGAAACUCCUCAGUGUGUACAAUGUGGAAAAUUCAAUAUUGAAAAUCAACAAUGGGUUUUCGACAGAAUUACUGAACUUUAUUUAUGCAGUGAAUGUAAUCAACAAGUCAACAAUGACAAUAAUAAAAUUAAGUCAACAAGAAAAAUGAAACAUCUACCAAGUAUAAAUGCACCGGCUGAUAAAGCUAAGCCAUUCUUUGAUCCAUUACUGAAUUAUGGUACACGGAAUAGAAAUCGAUCAGGUUUAGAUCAAGAUAAUGGGAGUUUGUCUCUUCUUAUAUGGAAUGAUGUCAAAUCUUACUCUAAAGAUCCUUCAUUUAUAUUCAAUCCUACGGACAAUUUUAAUGAGAUAGAUAAACACUUGCAAAUACAAUCACCUCAAGAGAUUUCAAACUAUUCUACAUGGUCACAAUAUACAACGAACGUGAUGAAGGAUGCGGCUGUUACUAGGGUACCAAUCGAUCCAAUACGUAGUGAAGAAAACAUCUCAAAGUCAUCUAAUUCAUUAAAUAUUCCAAACUCUACACGUCGUUCAGGACAAUUUUGUACCAAUUGUAAUACUUCAGCAACUACCCUAUGGCGUCGUAAUACGGAAGGAGAACCAGUUUGUAAUGCAUGUGGAUUAUAUUAUAAACUGCACAAGAUAAACCGUCCAAUAUCUAUGAAGAAAGAAGGGAUUCAAACUCGCAAGAGAAAACCAAAAAUGAACACACUAAAAUCUGAUCAGUUAUAUGUACCGAAUCUCUCUCGAGGUUCUGGAAAACCUAUGAACAAAUUAGUGACGCGUAUGGAUGGUUCUAAACAGCUUUCUAACCAAUCUCCAUAUAAAACCCGACAUCAUCACAUUCCUUACAAAGGAACAGAGGUUGAAAGUCACCAUUCUAUUCCACCUAGAUUUGUAGCUUUCCCAAAUUUGUUUUAUGAUGAACAAAGCAUGAAAAAACAAAAUCUGGAUGAAAACAAAUCGAAUGCAUUGGAUUCGUUAUUUCAUUCUCAUUCAUUAAAUGAAGUUCAUCCAAUGCAUACUACAACACGUACUCCCCAAUUUCCUCCACCGGUUUCACUAUCUCAUCAUCACCGAGUGAAUAUAGACGAACCCAACAGUUCAGUUAGCGAUAUUCAUUACAAUCAAUAUGGUGACCAAGUUGAAAACACUGCGAUGAUGAUCAAUCGGUUACCGAUAUUGAAUAAAGUAACAGGAGAGAAUUGUAUAAAUUCAUUAUUAAUCUGGUCUAACACGUCGAGAACAAACGAUGAUUCGAUGAAUACUGUAUUAUUAACCAACUUUAUAGAGUUAGACCGUAAUCAUAAUCAGACUAUCACUGAAGACGAUAAUGAGAAUAGUAAUAACAAUAAUAAUGAGAAUAGUGAUAAACACUCCAAUAUCCCGAUUGAUUUUUCAAAUACAGUUGUCGACUUUAUAAAUUUUCAAUAUCAAGAAAUCCAUGAAAAAUCCGAAACUCCAAAUUUACUACAUCCAAACUUUGAACAGAAAACUAUGGUGACUGACGAUGUAGUGAGUAAUGAGAAGUCAACAAUCUAUCAUACUAACUCAAUAACUAAAGAACAUUCAGUAAAUUUAAUGAAUCCACUAGAACCAAAUUUUCCAUCACCAUCAAACUUCAGCCAUUCUUCAGAAAUAUAACGGAAAAAGUUGUUAAUUAACCCCUUCCAAUAAAUGAUGCACAAAGCAAUUCAAAAUACCGAGUGGAUCAAACUAUUGCUUGGAUGAAGAAUAAUUUUCCCUUGUUUUUUUCUCUCCUGUUUCUGUUGUACAUUUGAAUAGAUUUGUGCAGUUUUGGAGGAAUCAAGUAACUUCUGUCAACUUAACUCACCAAAUUUAAUCAAUGUGAAGACAACAUUUGAUUUGAAAUUGCUAAUUAUGUUGUCUUAUGAAAACUUGUAUAUGAAUCAAAGUCUUUUCAUAUUGAUUAACAUGAGUUAUCUAUUACAGAAAACUAUUUAGACAAACAUAAACUACAUAUAAUAUUAUAAUUAUUCUUGAACUAAGUCAGUCAUCCAGUUAAACAAUGAACUUGUUAGAACUCUUGUGAUUAUUCUAUUAUCAAUAAUCAAUAAA